AAAGAAAUUGUUUUUAAUUCUUCGUAUGACAGAGUCUUAUUAAUAUAAUUAAAGUUUAUUAUCUAUUUAAUAUUAAAAUGACGAGCGAUUUUGGGAAUCCGUUACGGAAAUUUAAGUUAGUGUUCCUGGGUGAACAAAGUGUGGGGAAAACAUCACUUAUUACAAGAUUUAUGUAUGACAGUUUUGAUAACACGUAUCAGUCUAAGGCCACAAUAGGAAUUGAUUUUCUUUCAAAAACAAUGUAUUUGGAAGACCGAACGGUACGUUUACAACUGUGGGAUACGGCAGGUCAAGAAAGAUUUCGAAGUUUAAUUCCAAGUUAUAUCAGAGAUUCUACGGUAGCUGUUGUAGUUUAUGACAUCACAAACGUUAAUUCAUUCCAACAAACAACUAAAUGGAUUGAUGAUGUCAGAACAGAAAGGGGUAGUGAUGUCAUUAUAAUGCUUGUUGGAAACAAAACAGAUUUAGCAGAUAAAAGACAAGUAUCGAUAGAAGAGGGGGAAAAGAAAGCAAAAGAAUUAAAUGUGAUGUUCAUUGAAACAAGUGCAAAAACAGGAUACAAUGUCAAAUUGCUAUUCCGCAGAGUUGCGGCAGCGUUACCAGGAAUGGAAAAUUCACAAGAAAAAGAAAGGCCAUCAAUGGACGAAGUUAUUUUGGAUCCUAACAAGCAAGAGACAACACCUGCAUCAACCAGCGAGUGCGCAUGCUGAUAUUACUGAACAAUAUUGUGUUGUAUUCUUCCCCUCGCCUCAUCUGGAAUAUUUGGUCAGCCAGAAUAUUGUGAAGCUAUCAAUAAUCAAACUAUAUCAUGUCUAUUCAAUUAACACUGGUUAAAGAUUCGUUCACUAGCAAGCAGUCAAGCUCAUGAAUUGGUCUGUCUCCCAUCAGCCACUCAAUUUUUUUACGCUUCUGAUCGGUACAAACUAUUGUGUUCCUGCAAUGUUUAUCAAAAAAAACCUAAUUUAAAAUUUAAUUUUUAUCUAAUUGGUUCAAAUGUAACUGGAAGAAGGUUUGCCAUUGUCACUAGUAAUAUUAGCAUUUCCAGAAUUUCACUUCCAUUUAAAGUUCCCUAAAAACUAUUACACCGUUUAUUGUAUUGUAACUGAAUGGAAACUCAAAAAAGUGUUUUUGAGAAAAAUUAACAUGGUAUAUGGACGUAAACAUGACAUAUGACGGUAAAAAAAAAUACUCUGAAACAGUUGAAAUUUCUCAUAUAACGAAAGUUCUCGAAGUGGUUGUCACUAUAUAGGGGCCUUGUAUAAUCUUGCUAUAAUUACAGCUAGAUUAAAUUAUGAUUGAAUAUAUAUAUAUAUAUAAGGAGACUAUGGAUAUAACAUCGUCAGAUGUGAAUCAAAUGUGACAUUGUGUUGUACUUUAAAAAGCAUGUUAAACUUUUUGAGGUGCUAAAUCAGCGGCCAUGAUAUCCUAUUUUUCAGCUUUACAUAUUUCCAAUUAUUGAUAUUGUAUUUUAUAUAUUUAAAUAUUGUUGCUGUAGGGGUGAAUUCAUCAUCUAGGUAUGUAACCUUGAAUGGGAAUAUGAUAACCCAAUUCCCCAUUCUAACUAUUUUUCUCCUGUAUUAUCUAUAGAGGAAUCGAACAUUCACCUAUAUUUAUUUUUAAGUUAUGCUCAACAGUUAGAAAUGUUUGUAUCUAUCAGAGGAAUCAAAAAUAAGUAAAUGUGGUUUUGGGUAGUAAUUUAGCAAUAGGUUGUUACUAAAAAAAUAUUAUACUGUUGCGAAUAUGGAGGGAUAAGAUAUUAAACACUGUUGCCAAACACUUUCCUAGAAAAUAUGAGCUUACGAAUUUGGGUCUGUUGAAUAUUAUAAUUACUUGCCAGAAAUUCCCUUGUUAUGUUGGGAGUGCAAACCGAAUCAAUUAAUUUUGAAAAGUAUCUUAAUAUCAUGGCCAUAGCCAUAAAUUAGUAAAUAAAACCUUUUUGUAUGUGUGUCAUCACUGUUUUUGCACUACUUGUAUAUUUUGGACACCAAACAGUCUAUGAGAUGUGUUUUUAAUACAAUGAUGCAAUUGAUUUGUCAAAGACAUACUUAUCAGUGAAUAAGUUACGACAAGAGUCGAGUAUUGUUCAAUGCUAUAACAAAAUUGGUAUUGCCUGUACAAAUUCUCGAGCUAAUAAAAUAUACUCCUUUACUGCACGACUGCGAUACAAUAUUUUCAAUCCAUCAGCUGAUUUCCAAGCAUUCAAGUUAUAAAGCGAAUUUUGAUUUCUCUAAUGUCUGCAUGUUCGUAUGAUCCUUUAUUCUCUCUGUCUGCAUCUUGUUAUAUAACAUAUAGGUUUGGAUGUCGACUAUUUAUGUCGUAUGUAUAUUUACAAUACAUGUAUUUACUUGCAGUAAAA